AUGCAUUUCACGAUACGGGUACGGCAGGGGUACUUCAACAGCACUUUCGUGAACGUCAACGAUACCUGGGUGAUACCGUUCCUGCCAGCGUGGAUAUACCUGAACGGCACGGUGAAACGGCUAGAGCGCCGAAUGCUCAUCGGAGACCUCAACACCGUUACGAAGAUUGGAUAUUUCGAGCAGGGUGCGCUGCUGCCCUUCUACAACGUGGCGUCGCUGUCACGCACCCUCUACGACUCGCAGCUUUGGAGCCUGCUGUUUGCGCUGCUCGACAGCCCCGAGUUUGCGGCUGUUCCCACGCUGAACCGUGCCUCGUUGCAGCAGGACUUGGGCGCUUUCCUUCGCAACGGUGACGUUGGGCUCACGCUCUACAUCGCCGGCAUCCGGUACAUUUGGCGAGAGACCAGUCGCGCCGUCUGGAGGGCCUUCGCAAAGGAAUACCGGGAGAUCAGGAAGAUGGCCGCCCAAGUGCCGCUGGCGCAGCUGGACGGGUUAGUCUACAACAUCACUUCCUGGCACCGACCCCUGAACACGACCUUGGAUAAUGUCACUGCCUUCGACAGGGACACUCAGCCCUUCGUCGAAGAGGUGCUGUGCCUUGGCAGUCCGGAACGCAGGACUGCGAACAGCACGACACUGGUUUCGACGAGUGGAGCUUCGACAUAUGAGCGCCGUUCUUUUAAAUGUUCGGCGCGCAGAGAAACACUCGGCGAUGGCCCGCACUUUCUCAAAAAGGAAUGGUUAUUCUUCUGAAACAUUGGGAAAGCCGGACUAGUGGCAACUUAUUGCUCUAUGUGGUAUGUUGAUUGGUAGUUUUUGCAAAAGUUGUUGCGCGUUCAGGGGCUUUUCGUUUUCUUGUACAUUUAUCAUUUCAAAUACGUUCCUAACGGUGAAUGCAAUGAAUUCGUAAUUUUGUGAUUUCGUUAUUUAUGGCAUUUACAUUUUAACACGAAAUGUCGCAGUUAUUAUUGUGCAUUAGCAACCGCUCACACACGACCAAACCCCGACGUUCGGAAUAACGAUUCUGUUUUGCGGGCACAC